AGAGUAACUUUAUUUCACUCCUACAAGCCAGAGCAGGAAGAGGUAUUUCCACACGUCCCAUUUAGGCCAGCUGCCUCCAAUUCUGUCCUCAGAUUCGUCCCUCGACUUGGGGUACUGGAGGGCUCCCCAUGGAUCUGCCUUAUUACCAUGGCCCUCUGUCCAAGCGAGACUGUGAGACCCUGCUGCUCAAGGAAGGAGUGGAUGGCAACUAUCUGUUAAGAGACAGCGAGUCUGUGCCUGGAGUCCUGUGCCUCUGUGUCUCGUUCAAAAAUUUUGUCUACACAUACCGAAUCUUCAAAGAGAAACAUGGGUAUUACAACAUACAGACCGUGGAAGGUGUUAAACGAGAGAUCUUUCCAAACCUAAAGGAACUGAUCUCCAAGUUUGAAAAGCCAAAUCAAGGACUGGUGUUUCACCUUGUAAAGCCAAUAAAGAGAACCAGAUCCUCCCUGAGAUGGAGAAGAUCGAAGAUAGAGUUGGAUGGUAUUUAUGAGAACGGUGCCAGUGACUAUGUGGAUGUCCUGCCUUGAAGGUAUGGAGACUGGAUAAAGCACUUAUAGAAGAGAUGGGUGACAGCUCUCGCCAGUGAUCCUGCUUCUCCUGCAGGUGGGGGUCUGGAAGACCAAACUCUACGGGACAAUUUAGACUCUCCUGGUCUCAGUUACUGAAGAUGUUUUGAUCAUCAGCCUCAGAGAAAUCAGUCCCCUUGCCCUGCCUCCCAUGCAUACAACACGAGGAGCUUCAAAACCCCAUUGCCGCUCCCACUGUUCUUUCUUGGAAUACGACUGCCUGAACCUGUUCUCUGACUUGUUAAAGGUGCUACCAGCACAACACAGUUGACAUCUGGUCAUCUUUCGACCAGGUGACCAGAGGGGAGAGAAGACAGCGCUGGUGUCUACUUUGGAGCCUGAGUUCCAGUAAUGACAAUGUGGCUGCAGACAAACCUCUUCCUCUUUCUAGGUCUCUGUUCCUUCAUCUAAAAAACAAUUGGCUGGGCAGAGGACAGACAACAGCCCAGCCUCCCUGCUGAGGCUGGUUGAGGCAAGUGGUGUUGGGGGGCUCCUGAGUUAUGGACCUGUAUACUGGACCUCAGACUCCCAAAACAGCCCACACAGGCUCUGCACCUGCCCAUGCUCGUCUUGGUGAUGGGGGGGAGCCCAGACUCACUCAUGCACCCUUCUCCCCCGAGCCUGGGAGACCCGCCUCCUUUCUGAUCUCGAUCCCUGCCAAACGUUGCCCUGGAGACACUUCCUCUUUGAUUCUGCCUCAUUUCAUUUAUGCACUAACCACUUCAACAGCGGCAAUGCGGUUCUGCAUUGUGACAUACGUGGGGAUUUUGAAGGUGUGUUUCCUGAUUCUGACUAGGCUUUAAAGUGUGGUUGAGUCUCCCCAUGAAUCCUCCACAGCACACAGAAAUGCAUGAUGCACAAAACUGUGACCCAUUGAGAGACAUUACUGACUAGGAGCCCAUUCCCGAAGGGUUUGUCACCUUGGUUCUAAGGCCCUUUGUAUUUUUCUGCUAGUUCUAAAUUUUAAAUUAAAGACCUGCUUAGUGUGGAACGUACCACAUGCUAUGCCCAUUCUCUGAUCCAUCUUCAAACCUUAGUGAUUCAUUUCACCCCACUGACCUUACCUUUUAAAGUUAUUAAAAAGAGGAACUUGGAAUUCUGGGAAACAAGAAUAGACAUUUUGGUUGGAACCCCAAAAGCAUGAGCCAUUCUGACUUCCUGGGUCACAGCAAACCAUAGUAGAGAAGAAGGGAACUGCAGGAGUCACGUCAGCAUCCUUCUGGUUGGUUCAGUAAAGGACACCAGAAGCAAACCUGCUCUCCAGGGUUCGGGCCUGGGUCUUUGAUUCAUUCUGCAUGGUACAAAGAAGCAGGUUCCAGUUAUCUGGGACUGCAGCAAUCCUUGGCACAGAAAACAUGGUCAGUGGCAAUUUCCUGAAUAAAUCAAUAUAUAUGAAAUGUGAUCACUCAUUCUGGAUAGCAAAGAUUUGUUUGAACUCUAUACAUCUCAAAAUCAAGUAGAACAUGAUUAUUACUUCAAAAUCUUUCCAUUAUAACUCUCAUAGAAGUGAUUUCCUUUUUUCCUGAGCAUCUAUGCAUAGCACCUUACGAGAAGCUUGAUCCCUGGUGGAAUUUCAGCCAUAUUUCUCAAACGAGCAAGCCACAUUUAAUAGUGGUUAUGGAUGUCAUUGCAUAUUUCCCUGAAACCUAGAAGACCCUGAACAGGUCAUAUGAAGAACAGCUGAAAGAUCUGAGUAUGUGGGACUGGAAGGGGGAAGACAAUAAACUACAGCAGCUGUUUCAAUGUUGGCAGUGCCAUUCUAUGAAAGAGGGUGAACAGAAGAUUCACUGGGUAUGAUGCCAGACAGAAGAACUCAGACCAGUGGCUGGGUGUUUACAGGAGGGCAGUGUUAGCCAAACGUAGGAAGAACUCAAUGUCGGAAGAACUCGGAGCCGACUGGAGCUAUCCUACAUUCAAACAGUCCCCCGCCUUCUGGGGUCCAAAUGAUUUAGUUACGGAGAGUUGAAUUAAUCACGUUAUUUAACUCUUAACUCAUUAUCACUGUCCAUCCAUAUAAGACACAUUCAUUUUUCUUCCCUUCAUCCCUCAUUCCCGUUCCGAUGGAACCAGCUCCGUACCAUGCCUUUGUAUCUAUGGGCUUCCCUGGGGGCUCAGAUGGUAAAGAAUCUGCCUGCAAUGGCAGGAGACCCAGGUUCAA